UUCAUACCGAGUCCAGUCCAGCAUUGCCCAGAGCGGGUCUCAGCUGCUGCUCGAAUAAAAUGUAAACAUUUCACAAUAAUCAAUUAAUUUUAUUUGUAAUAUUAACACAAAAAUUUACUAGAGUAUUAACUGAUCUAUAAAAUAGCUCAAUUAUUAUGGAGUCUAUUUCUCCAGUCAUCGUGCUCCUCAAUCGGAACACGAAACAAUUCGAAUUAAGUGAAACUGUUAAUGACUUUGAAAUAAAAAAUAUGUCAAAGUCAAAAAUAAUUAAAAAGUGUUCAAUUUGUGGCUCGUCGUCGCUAGGCCAUCGCCCCAUAAGGAAAAAACAACUUUGUUCCUUCCGCCAGCUCGUGAAAUGCCGUGGGAAUCGGAAAAGUCUGCCAACUUGUGACCCUUGUCGCCAACAUUUGGACCAAUUAAUUAAACUAAAGGAGGAAAUUAAUCAAUUGACCGUGGCGAUGGAGGCGCUGGCGAAAUUAAUCAAGUUAAAGAUGAAAUAUCAAGAAAUUGCGGGGAGAAAGAGCGAUUCAGAUCUAGACGUUUUGAAUGACGAGGACGAGACCAACUCAUCGUCUACACUUUCGGCAGAUGAACAGGAAGCUGAAACACUUGACACGGAUAAGGAUGAAAAUCCUGCCAGUGACGAUGAUGACGUAAAACCAGUAAUUGUUAAUUAUGAAGAUGACGAUCCUGCUGAUCCAAGUUACUUGACUGAAGGGCGAAAAGUUAGGGAGGAGAUAAUCUGGAAACCAGAAAUCAAAUAUAAACGUCCUGGGCCCUGGAGCAAAACCCGGAAGAAUGGAACAGUGGUCGAAAAUGCGAAGGAGGGGAAAACCAAAAGCACUGAAAGUGAAGAUAUGUCAAGCUUUUUAAAACUAGAACUGAAAGAAGAAGAAGAACAAAAUGUCGAGAACUGGGCUUUAUGCUCAUUUUCGGACCAGGGUAGCGAUCGCGAUACGGAAAUGAUCCUUCCCGACGACAACGAUAAUAAGAACGGCAUCCCAAAAAGAACCAGGGACCAAUUUAUUACCCAGGCUGAAACCACGGAAGCUUUUUUGCCAUCAGAUUACUCCACGGGGGGCGAUUUACCCUCAAAAAAUUGCAGUACGUUGGACCCUGAAACUGCUCCACCAACAAUUAUUCGAGUACAACCACCACAAAAUAUUAUUCGACUUCUGCCAACCACAUCUGGUCAGAGAGAACGAUUCAUCACAGAAGCCGUCUGCCCAAAGUGUGGAACGCGAUCGAGAGAUUUGCAGUACUGCGAGUACUGCAAAGCUCGAUUGUCGAAUUCUACAAAAACCGUCAACAUCAAAGAAUUUAAGAAAACGGAUACCGAAAAACACGUUGAUCUGGACGAGUCACUUUGCAAAAGACCCACGAAAAAAUUGAAAUCAUCGCUUCCCGAGAAUGGAACUCAAUCAUCCUCAAAUAGCGAAAUCGUCAAGAUUAUUAAGGUCCCACAUCAAAAGCCAUACGAAAAUCUACUUGUCGACGCCUUUUCGUCCAAACAUGGUGGGAACGAGGGCGAUAACUUGGGUGUAAGUCAAGAAUCUAACUUGGAUGAAGACGAUGACGAAAUUCAGGUCGUAUCCGAAAAAUUAGCACCUACCGUCAGGAAACCAGCACCAUCUAAUUUUUCACCCGACACGAAGAUAACCCUUCAGUGUCGCACCAUCAACGUGGGGACUUAUCGAGCUCAGGCUGCAGGUCAGGGUGGCUUUAUUCUUGCGACUAUUUGCCAGAACGGGAUCGAAUUCGCAAUGUUGCACACUCAAUGCGGAAGGACACCUGUGAAGUGUUGUAUCCCAAUGCAGUCUAUUACGCAAGUUGAAAUUCAUCCUCACGUGAUCUCCCUCAGCCUGCAGGGCAAAUCUUAUCUGAAGCAGCUGAGAUCAUCGCUAGGAUUUAGUAAAAACCCGAAAGACGCCAAUUACCACUACCAUCCACACAGUACAAAUCCCUGUCAGACAAGAAUCACACUUAUUUCACACAACAGCUUGAUCAACAAGAUGCCCAUACUGAAGUUUCUCAUUCCCAGCCCGGCUUAUACCCUGUACGCACUUAAUAAAGUCAAGGGGGUCCACCUUGAAAAAAUUAUCCGUUUGACUGAAAGGUCCGAGAAAAUAAAUAUGCGCAUAAACUGUGCCUAGUAUUUUUUA